GGAAUCAAAUCGGGUGAGAAUCAUCAGUGGGGCAGUGCUGUACCUGCCUAGCCAACAAUGCGAGCAAGGCUGUGCAUAUGCAGCACCACAAUCUUGACGGCGAAUUGCCAUGUAGCCGCGAUCAUUGGUGCGCGGUACUGUCAUGGUUAUCAAAAACGAAAAAGACUUUGUGCGUCAGAGCUUCGCUUGACCUUGGAAAGUCGGGCCCGUCAAGAAUCUCGUGACGCCGUCAUCACGUCGGAUGUGCAAGCCUCAGUGGGAAAAGAGCCGUCCACGGUGGACAUCGUACAUCCAGUGAUUAAGCAGACACAGGUCAAGACUGCUGAGUAAUUAUUACGCGUUUGCCCAGGUGCUGCAUUCGGGCAGCA